GGUGUGAGGAACGGGGCUCGGGGCCCUCCGUGUCACGGUGACACCGCAGCGCAUCCCCAGCCCGGCCCCCUGAAACGCCUCCUCGUUCUUCUUCGUCGCUGCGGUUUUUUUUUCCCCUCCGUGGAAUACAAGAAUACCGUGCCGGUGUACCCGUGGACACGGAGGGGGGGUUUAUCCCAUUCCCGGGAAAAAUGGGGUCCAAGCAGAUCGCCCAGGAGACGUUUGAUGAUGCAGUGCAGGAAAACAUCACCGAGUUCGAGAUGGAGCCGGAGGAGGCUGUGAGAGAAGCUGUGCAGCAGUUCGAGUCCCAAGGUGUGGACCUCAGCAAUAUUGUGAAAGCUGUGAGACAGCCUGCCUCAGAGAAUGGGCAGAGGCAAAAGCAUCAGAUCCUGCUGACCCUGGAUUCCCUGGGGAGAGCCGUGGCUGAGGCGGACCUGGCGGAGCUGCCGGAGCAGCUGGCGAGCUUCUCAGCGCAGUGCCGGGAGCAGCUGGCCUUCCGCUACCUGGCCGGCCAGAACGGGGCCUACCCCGUGGUGUUCUCUGCCUGCCAGCUGGCCUCAGGAGACAGGGAUUUAACUCUCCAAGCCUUCUCCACCCUGUGUGCCCUGCUGGACGGGCAGCCGGACCUGCUGGACGCGGCGGGGCAGGAGCUGCUGCUGCGGAGCCUGCGGGAGCGGCGGGAGGACGCGGAGAUGACGCUGGCGGGGAUCCGGUGCGUCCGGAACGCCUGCCUGAAGCACGAGCAGAACAGGCAGGACUUUGUGAAGGGCGGGAUCCUGCCCCUGCUCACCGGGGCCAUCGUGCAGCACGGGGACAGCGCCGACGUGGUCAGGACGGCGGCCUCGGCCCUGCGGGUCAUGACGUUCGACGACGACAUCCGCGUGCCCUUCGGCCACGCCCACGACCACGCCAAGAUGAUCGUGCUGGAGAACGACGGGCUGAGGGUCCUCAUUGAAGCUGCCAAAGCGUUCACGGACAACUCCGGCGUUCUCAGUGAGCUCUGUGCCACCCUCUCUCGCCUCUCUGUCAGGAAUGAGUUCUGCCAGGAGAUUGUGGACCUUGGGGGCUUAAAUUUCAUGGUGACUCUGCUGGCUGACUGCAUGGACCACCCAGACGUGGUGAAGCAGGUGCUCAGCGCCAUCCGCGCCGUGGCCGGGAACGACGACGUGAAGGACGCCAUCGUCGACGCCGGCGCAACCGACCUCAUCGUCCUGGCCAUCAGCCACCACCUGGCCAACCCCCAGAUCUGUGAGCAGGGCUGUGCUGCCCUGUGCAUGUUGGCUCUUCGGAAGCCCGAGAACUGCAGCGUCAUCAUGGAGGGCGGCGGGGCCCUGGCGGCACUGCAGGCCAUGAAGGCACACCCCCGAGAAGUGGCUGUCCAGAAACAGGCCUGCAUGCUGAUCCGCAACCUGGUCUCCCGGAGCCGGGACUUUUCCCAGCCCAUCCUGGAGAUGGGAGCUGAGAACCUGAUCACAGAGGCUCGUGCUGCCCACAGGGACUGCGACGACGUGGCCAAGGCUGCUCUGAGGGAUCUGGGCUGCAAAGUGGAGCUGAGGGAGCUGUGGACAGGCCAGAAGGGGAGCCUGGCCCAGUGAAUCCUCCCCCGGGGGUGGGGGGCUCUGAAACACCUCUGCACCUGGAAUCUUGAGAGGGGGGAAAAAAAAAAACCAACCCAGUGGCAUGGAUUAAUCUGCACUGACACCCAGCUGGAAUAUCUGAAGCAAAUGCCUGGCUUGGGAGGCUGCAGGGAACUUUCUAUCGGGAGCUACAGCUGCAAUGGCUUUGUGCAUUCACAGGCUGCCACCCAACCCUGUGUCGUGAUCAUUCCCUGGAUCAUCUAAUGCCUGAAGAUGAUCUGCUCCCCUCUUAGCCGUGCUCCCUGUGUGCAGGACAGGGCUGCUCCCUCCUGCUCAGGAUUUGUCCCCGUGCUGGUGGAGCCCGGUCCCAGGAUGGAUGAGGAGGAAACUGCACUGUCUAUGAACGUGUUUCUGUCCUGUUGUGCUGUCCCCCCCCCCGUUAUUUUACUGCUGACCAUCCUCUGUGCCGCUGCUUUGUUUGGGAUUUUCAGCCAACACAACAUUUGAAACAAAAGCAAAGGAAGGACUGGGGGUGACACAGGGCCCAGAGGAACAUUCCCUGGGAUGUUGCUGUUGGAAUCCAGGAGGAAGGUUCGUGUUCUCCCUCAGUGGGAUGAGCAGUGGGGGGUGAUGGUUCCCAAAGUGGGGAAGCAGGAAGCACCUCGUAGCAGGGCAGCACUUCCCUGAACCCCCAGGAGCGCUCUACUUGUGGUGGAGAGGCAAAGAACCACAUGGACUGAGGAGAACUGUGGAUUUGGGGGCAAAACAGGCCCCAGAAAGGCUCUGAAGUCUCAGCUAAAGGCUCCUGUGUUUUGCUGGGCUGUGUCACCAGCCCUGCUGUGGUGCUGAGCCUUCCUUUUGUGCUGCUGCUGCUGCUGUUGUGCGUGAAUGGAUGUUUUUAACGUGGUAACUCUCUGUAGAAAUGUUGACCCUAUAAAACAUACAAAUGUCCAA